AUGGCAUACAGUAAUCAGAAGUCAGUAACAAUGGCUAUACUCUUCUUAUUGGUUACCAUCGUCGGCUGUGUUUUUGCCAGACCUUCCAGUGAUAAUGUGAAGCCAGUUGAAAUUACUCUUUACUACGAGACCUUAUGCCCUGGAUGUCAGCAGUUCAUCACAAAAGAACUGUUACCUGUUUACACUGAAACCGAGUAUGAUUUCGCCUCUCUAAUUUCAAAAAUUGAGUUGGUUCCAUACGGUUUGGUGUUCACUUUAAAUGACACCCAUCAUUAUGAUUGUCAGCAUGGUCGAUCCGAAUGUGAUGGGAACAAGUUACAUGCUUGUGCCAUCAACUAUAUUCCUGACACAUUAACAACAUUAAAUUACAUUUCUUGCUUAGAACACGAGACAUCAUCUAAACAUUUUAAUCCUCGUGAGCAUAAAUAUCCAAUUGACAAGUGCCAAAAUAAACUCCCAGCAGGUAUUUACCCAAAAAUAAUAAACUGUUACAACUCAGAUGAAGGAUGGGAAUUAUUCGAUAUAUAUGGAGAAAAGACAUGGCCAUUUUUGCGUGAUGGUUUUGUUCCAUAUCUCUCAUUUGAUGGCAAACGUGAUGACGAUCUGGCUAAAGAAGGAAUUGAGAAAUUCAGGAAUACAUUGUGCAAAGUUACUGGUGUUGUUGACAAAGCUUGUUCUUGAGCAAGGAACAAUGAAUCUUGCUAGAUUUCAGAAAUAUGGUCAAUUUUAUUAAAACAUUCUUGGCAAUAAUACAGGGAUGUAUUUACUGCAAUGUUUAACACUCAAAGGAAUAAAUAUAUUGCAUAAAUGAG